AUGGCUUCUUUAAAAAAUGCAACGGGUGUUAGACAUAAUGUUUUUCGUUUAAAUGCACAUAAAAAGAUUAUUUAUAAUCGUAUGAGAAGAUUCAAUUGGCCACCUAAAGAAUGUUCAACUAUACAUCCAAUAGAACCAUAUGGGAAACAGUUUUUUAUCUUUAAUGCUUUUAAAAGAGACACAAAAUUUGAUAAUGAAAUUUCAAACACAGUCACACCAUUGAUAAAUUCUAAUAACGAGAAAAUUCCUUCUGAAACUGUUUUGUGUGUUUGCGAUUUUGCAAAAAGACCAUUAAUGUUCUUAAACUACUUAGAUUUUAAAAUAUUACAAGCUAAUAUGAACAAAAUAAAAGAAGGAUUUAGGAAAAUUGAAGAAAAAUUAGAUAAGAGUAACUAUUUAGAUACAAAGUUUGGUUUAAUGUUAAAAUACAAUUUAAAUAAAACUUACGGUAUGCAGAGAGUCAAAAAAGGAGAACAUAACUCAUGGGGAAUGAAAAAAGGAGUAUUUAGACAAAGAAAAACAUAA